AGAAAAGAAAAAAAAAAUAAAUUGAAAGAUAAGAAAUGAAAAGAUUAAAAGGAGUCGAUGGCAAGAAAUUGGGUAGCAAAGCAUUUGAUUUGACCCAGAUGAUAAUUUGACGGGCUUAAGACGCCCUCAUUAAGACAGCUCUUCAUUGGGCCAAGCCCACAUCUAAUCUCUUAGAAGAAGGAGAAAUUACACUUGGUCACCCUGAGGACUCGAUAAUUUCUUUUUCAUCGCUGUAAUUCUGUAAUUUCCUAAUCUACCCAUCGGAAUUCUCCUCUCCAUGCUUUCACUUCUGUGGUUACAUGGUUACACUCCUCUCUCCACCUACCUUGCGCAAAACCCUAAACCCUAAAAAAUUCCAGUUGAGGAAAAUGCGCAUUUUGUUUACAUAUUCAGCUGUUUUCUUCAAACCCAAAUGCAAAACCUUCACACACUUAUCAUUCAUCCUCCACAGAAGUCAAAUUUCCAUAAGAUCAAUGUCUCAAUCCACCUCCAUUCCCAAGAAGCUCCAAAGGGUUCGAGACCAUGGCUACGAUAACUACAUGGAGGUAGAGAAGAAGAUGCGCAAGGUCCUCAAGUUCCAGGACCUCAUUCUUUCCCAACCAAACCAAACCAUCCCAGCCUCUCGCCUCGACAUGCUCGGCCGUCGACUUGGUUUUGGUUUCAAACAACACGAACCCGGCGCUUUUGUCCUCAAAUUUCCUCAUAUAUUUGAAAUUUACGAGCACCCAGUUCAGAGAAUCCUCUAUUGCCGCUUAACAAGGAAAGCCUACCUCCAAAUUCAGCAGGAAAAGCAAGCCCUCAUUGAUCAAAUCCCUGAAGCCGUGACCCGUCUGAGGAAGCUUUUGAUGAUGUCGAACACCGGCCGGCUUCGGCUCGAACAUGUUCGGGUUGCUCGGUCUGCAUUUGGAUUGCCGGACGAUUUCGAACACUCGGUAAUUCUUAAGUACCCUCAGUACUUUCGAUUAAUUGAUGCGCAGGAAACUAGGAAUAAGUACAUCGAGUCUGUUGAGAGAGACCCAAGUUUAGCUGUGUGUGCUAUAGAGAAACUAAGGGAAAAAGAGUAUAGGGAAAAAGGAGCUGAUGCUGAGAAUAUAAGGUUUUCGUUCAUUGUGAAUUUCCCACCCGGGUUUAAGAUAGGCAAGUAUUAUAGGAUUGCGGUUUGGAAAUGGCAGAGGAUUCCUUAUUGGUCACCUUAUGAAGAUGUUUCUGGUUAUGAUUUAAGGUCGAUUGAGGCUCAGAAGAGGAUGGAGAAGAGAGCUGUUGCCACAAUUCACGAGCUGUUGUCGUUGACCGUGGAAAAGAAGAUAACUUUGGAGAGGAUUGCACAUUUUAGGUUGGCAAUGAACUUGCCCAAGAAGUUGAAAGAUUUCCUUCUUCAGCAUCAGGGUAUAUUUUAUAUCUCAACUAGAGGUAAUCAGGGAAAGCUUCACACGGUUUUUCUUAGGGAAGCAUACAAGAAGGGCGAGUUGAUAGAGCCAAAUGAUUUGUAUUUGGCGAGAAGAAAGUUGGCGGAGUUGAUCUUAUUGAGCCCGCGGAAUGCAAAAGUGGAUAGGGAAUUGGUUAGCUUCAGGAGAGAUGAGGAAGAUGUGGUUGGGGGCAUUAGAAGAUACUAUGUGGACAAUGGUUCAGAGAACAAUGUUGACCGAGAUAGCGAAGGGGUUAAUGAACUGAAUUUGGAUGUUGUUGAUUCUGAUCUUACCGAUGAGGAUGUUGACUAUGAAAAAACUGUGGAUGCAGACGAUGUAAAGGAGUGACUGAAAUAACAGCAGCGGUGUAAGAAUUAUUAUGAUUCUUGGUAUUUCUAGUGAUUUGCUAAUUUGAAGUGCCAUGAUCAUUUUUUGGAGUUGCGUACUUUCGGACAUUGCAAGGGACAGUUGCUAAUUGCAUAACUUAGUCUGAACUCUGAAGCACUUUGGGACAAUUACAUUGCAGAAAAGAAGAGCAUCACUGAACAAUUGUGCAGGGGACUUCCUUAUUCAUGGACGGAAGAAUUACUUCAUUCAAUGAAUUUUCUUUACAAUCUUAACUUAGGAUGUAGGCUACCGCCAAAAUUUCUUUUUUUGGCUUCUUCACAACUCACGUACUGUAGAGCUCAUUAAGUUUGAGGAUUCACAUCUCUGUCUCCUUCGAUUCCUCAGGGUAUGCGUAAUGAAAUGAGUUUACUACAUGGAUUUGU